CGCGCCCCUGUCGUCUACAAGGCAUGUGAUUGCUCGCUCCCGUAAAGACACAGCGAGGACGAACAGAUUACACACAAUAAAAUAGUACUACUGGCGGGUGGGAUCUGAGACAGUGGAGCUGCAGAAACUGUUUUUACUGAAAGAUUAGCCACAUAAAGGCGUCAAACAAAUGCUUUGACCCUUUGUGCAUCGGAGGGUUAACCUCUUGAUACUACGCAGAUCAACAAAGUUUUUACAUUAAAGGGAAUUUUCGAUUUUCUCGGAGUUUUCUUGGAACAAGCAGAUUAGCCACAUCUUCACACACGGGCCUGGAACUUACUUGAUUGGAGCGUUGCUUUGGGAAAAGAAACUAGCUAGCUAGCUAGCUAGAAUUGUAGCAAACAGAAAGGUCUCAUCCCAGAAUGGAUACAGGGGUUGUCACUGAAAAGAAAAGGGUGAGCUCGGAGCGCAGGAAAGAGAAGUCCCGGGACGCGGCGCGAUGUCGGAGGGGCAAGGAGUCGGAGGUGUUCUACGAGCUGGCGCACCAGCUGCCCCUGCCCCACAGCAUCAGCUCCAACCUGGACAAGGCCUCCAUCAUGAGGCUGGCCAUCAGCUACCUGCGGAUGAGGAAGCUGCUGAGCACCGAUGAGGCGGUGGAGGAGUCGGAGCUUGACACCCAGCUCAACAGCUUCUACCUGAAGGCCCUCGAGGGGUUCCUCAUGGUGCUCUCCGAGGAUGGGGACAUGAUUUACCUCUCGGAGAACGUCAGCAAGUGCUUGGGCCUGGCCCAGUUUGACCUGACGGGGCACAGCGUCUUCGACUUCACCCACCCCUGCGACCAUGAAGAGAUGAGGGAGAUGCUCAUCCACAGAACAGGGUCUUCCAAGAAAGCCAAGGAGCCGAACACCGAGCGCAGCUUCUUCCUGCGCAUGAAGUGCACUCUCACCAGCAGGGGGCGCACCGUCAACAUCAAGUCGGCCACGUGGAAGGUGCUGCACUGCACAGGGCAUAUUCGCGUGUACGAGAACGAGGACACGCCCAACAAGUGCGGCUACAAGGAGCCGCCCGUCCCCUAUCUGGUGCUGAUCUGCGAGCCCAUCCCGCACCCCUCCAACAUCGAGGUCCCUCUGGACAGCAAGACCUUCCUCAGCCGCCACACCCUGGACAUGAAAUUCUCCUACUGCGACGAGAGGAUCACAGAGUUGAUGGGAUAUGAGCCGGAGGAUCUCCUGAAUCGCUCUGUGUAUGAGUAUUAUCACGCUCUGGACUCAGACCAUCUCACCAAGACACACCAUAACUUGUUUGCUAAGGGCCAGGCCACCACAGGCCAGUACCGCAUGCUGGCCAAGAGAGGAGGUUAUGUGUGGGUGGAGACCCAGGCUACUGUCAUCUACAACAACAAGAACUCCCAGCCCCAGUGCAUUGUGUGUGUCAACUAUGUGCUCAGCGGGGUGGUGGAGGAGAAGCUGGUCUUCUCUCUGGAUCAGACGGAGAAGGACUCGGAGCCCGUGGAGGCGGAGAGCCCCGAGGCCAGCAUGGUCAAGAUCUUCACCAAGGCCGAGGAGACCAAGGGCACGGGGAGCCUGUACGAGAAGCUGAAGGAGGAGCCCGAGGCGCUGACCAUCCUGGCCCCCGCCGCCGGAGACACCAUCAUCACCCUGGACUUCAGCAGCUCAGACUCUGAGAUCCACAUUCUGAAGGAGGUUCCCCUCUACAACGACGUCAUGCUGCCCCCCAGCAGUGACAAGCUGCCCCUGUCCCCGCUGCCCCCGAGCGAGCCCGCCCAGGCCCUCAGCAGCGGCCUGGAGCCUUCCCUCAACAUGGAGGUGGGCGCCCAGCUGGAGCCCAGCUCUGACAGCUUCGUGUCCCGGGCCAGGGGCACAUCCAGCGCCCCGUCAGGCCCCAGCACUGUAAACAGCCCCCCAGAGCCCGGAAGCCCAAUGGACUUCUACCGCAUGGACUCUGAAAUCGGUGCCGAGUUCAAACUGGACCUGGUGGAGAAACUGUUUGCCAUCGACACGGAACCCAAGACCCCUUUCACCACACAGGCCAUGGAGGACCUGGACCUGGAGAUGCUGGCUCCCUACAUCCCCAUGGACGACGACUUCCAGCUGCGCACUCUGUCCCCGGGGGAGCCCCUCUCCAUCAGCUCCCCCUCAUCCGGGGCCUCUUCCCCACUGCACCUGCUGCAUGAGGUGUGCAGUGCCCCCGCCUCCCCCGUGCCUGCUGCCGCACCCUCCAAGCUGGCCGACGCCAAACCUGCUCCCGCACCACUCAGCAAGAGGGUGUCUGCAUCUCCCAAGAUGGUGGCUAUACAGAACUCCCAGCGCAAGAGGAAGCUGGAGGCUGGCACUACAUUGUCCCAGGCUGUCGGACUGGAUGCUUUGCUCCAGGACAUGACAGACUCUGCUGAGCAGGGCAAGAGGGCCAAACUGCUGGAGGCCAGGGGCUCAGAGCUGCUCUCAAGCAAGACCAUCCUGCUCCUGCCCUCAGACCUGGCUUGCCGCCUGCUGGGAAGUUCCUUCGAGGGCAGCGGCCUCCCCCAGCUGACGCGCUACGACUGCGAGGUCAACGCGCCCGUCCUGGGCCGCCAGCACCUGCUGCAGGGGGAGGAGCUGCUGCGGGCUCUGGACCAAAUCAACUGAAGCGGCGCCAUGCUGCGCAAUACCGGACACUGCACCUCUCCCGUUCCCCUCCCAUCCACUGCCCGCCUCCGCUCCCCCCCCCCCAAAAAAACCCUCUAUUUAUAUUUUCUAUGUCGUUAUUUUACAAUCCAGCUACUGUCUUGCACCUUACAGAGACCCUGAGGCGUUACUCCUUGGCAGAAAUACACGUAACACCAUGGCAGCAGUCUUGAGGUAGCCUUAACCCUGAGCACUGGUAGGGAAGAGCAAGAUGCUUAUUAUGAUCGAAGCCCAGCGUGAGUUGAAGGCCUUCACUCGCCAAUGACAUAAGGCACCUGUCUUGUAUGCUGUUUCCACAAGUACCAGUGCUUUUGCCAGCGGUGAAUUGUAGCUACAUUCGCACAAUUAUAUAUUUUCUUAAAAAAAAAAGAAAAAGAAUUACCAGCAGUUCAUGCAAUAUCUGUUGUUUUUGAAAGUAAUUAUAAUGAAAGGUUCAAACAUUUAUUUUAUUCUGCUUUUUUUUCCUCUUCCCUGUGUAAUGGUACAGUGUAUAAAAUGUGUUCAAUCUGGAUGGCUUUAGUCACCCUGUCUGACCUGUCCUGGUUUGAAUCAUGACUGUUAGUGACGUACCAAUAUAUGAGGCUUACCUUGUUCAAUGUCAGUCCAUGCAAUUGCUGUAUCCUGUGUAUGCAUAGAUCACCUGGAAUAUAUAGAAUGACAAAGAUUGUGUGUAAAAACACCAGCAAAAUUAAAACCUCACACAAGAAGGUGUUAGACAAAAGGAUCGGGUCAUCCAUAGACCUGAAUUUGCUGGGCUGUCUCUUUGGAAGUUGUUGGCACAGAUUUAUUGUUUUAAUUCAGAAAUAGAUUUUUUUUAUAUAUAUUUUUUCUGUAGUCACUUUUUUCCACCAGCUUAAAUGCAGCUGUGCAGUAGAUGUAAAUUCUCAUGGUUACUCACUGUGUAUCCGACAAAGUUUAGAUGUUAUGCUUAUUAAGCGCAUUGUGGAUGAGUCGGGCAAAGCUUUCUACAGUUUUACGUUGUACGUAAUGGUGUAGAUCCAGUCACACGAUGUUGGUUCUCAUGCUUCGUAGUGCUUUCACAGUGCUAUCUAGAACUACAGCAUAAAGCAGCUAUUCAGAGGCAUUUAUUUCUUUGUUUUUGCGUCUUUUAGGAAUUGAAUGUCCUAAUGUGAUUUUUUU